AUGUACCCACCAUUGAGCUUAGAUAACGAUGAGAACAUUUGCAGCUAUACUGAAUCGACUUCGAUGCACACUGUGAGUUCGCAAACCCUUUUGCGACGAUGUGGAUUUCCGGAGUGUCAGAAAACUGCCAAGCGCGGUGGACUCUGCAUUGCGCAUGGAGGAGGCAAAAAGUGUUCGGUGGAGGGGUGUGUCACAAGCGUUGUAAGUCGCGGGUGUUGCGUCGCCCAUGGCGGCGGCAAGCGGUGCCAAGCACCUGCCUGCGCAAAAAGUGCUCAAAGCGGAGGCUUUUGCUGGAUACACGGCGGAGGCAAGAAAUGCGGCUUUCUUGGAUGCAAGAAGCGCGCGCAGAGUGGAGGAGCCUGCAUUUUGCACGGUGGAGGUAAACGCUGUCGAGUGGAAGGCUGCGACAAGGUGGUGCAGUACGACGGACUUUGUAUUAGUCAUGGUGGCUACCGGAAAUGCUUAUCAAUCAAGUGUGACAAGCGUGUACAGGUCGACAGCUACUGUCAAGCUCACAGUGGUAGCUCGCGAUUUCGUGUGGUAAGAUAUCACGCGCAAACUAUCCGCAGUGACGUUGGGUCCGAUCGAAAAGCUCAGAUACCACGCCAUACAAGUCAAGCGAACAAAGCAUUUACACAUUGCCGACCAUCCAUUAAUCUUGUAGAGACUCUGCUUACGGUUGAACUAAACAAGCUGUCUCGACCUCAUUUACCCAGAUUACUCGAUAACACGCCCGUGGAUCUUAACGCUGCAAUGCCUUGCAACAAUUUGUCAACGAUUGACGAGCGAUUACCUGCUAUGGACCAGACAUGCGAAUUGCCACUGCAGUCCGUUCAAAGAAACUUUACAUCUGUUCUGCCCAGUGAAAAGACAAUGAUCACCCCCAUCUCCAAACACGCUAUGGCCGAUGGCUCAAAUCAUACUGAGCGUCAAUGUCUCCCAGUACUACCAAGCUUUCAAACGUUGCAACGGUUUUGCAGCGCUUCUCUGUGGUCAGAAAGAUCCAAGACGGAAUGA